AUGAGGAGGGCAGUGGAUGUUGUUUAUCUUGACUUCAGCGAGGCCCUUGACAUGGCCUCCGAUAGCAUCCUCAUUGGCAAACUGAUUAAGUACAGACUAGGUAUUCUGGAAGAUGGAAAAUCACCUCAGACAGGUGUAACUACAGCAUCAGUCACAGCUGGAAUGCUGAACACCGAGAAGAGGAACAAUGGUGGUUCUCAGUGUGUGAACCCCAUGGUCCACGGCACAGGAGCUAGGACGCAGAGACACAAUGGUUUCAGAGCAGCAGAGAGUAAAUGGGAUGCACAGAAAAUGUCCACAAAAGAGGUCACCAUUAAUGUUACAAAAAGCCUCAGACAAAGCGACAGAAGGAAAACAAAGAAUUGUGUCAAUUAA